CUUUCUGGAAAGUAAACCAAACAUUGGAAACGAUCAACACAGAAAUGUGACUGCGUACUACUCGGCGUGAUAUGCCUAUUAAACAGUGGGUAAAAUGGGCAGCAGGUAUCACAUAGCUGCUGGAGGUGUAAAGAAAAAGAAACACUGUUCCUGUAGUAUCACAUAAGGCAAGGAUGAUGACGGUAAACUGGGCGAAUAACGAGUAUUUUCACCAGUUAUUGUGCGGGGACAAGCGCUCGCACAUAGCACUGGAGAUGCUUGUAGACGACCUGCACGUCGAAAAGGACAAGACGAUAACCAAAUUUCUCUGUCAUUCUGGCUCGGAAGAUUUCUUGUGGGGAUUGGUAAAGCUGCUGGCAAGUGAAAACUCGAGGGUUGCAGGCAAUGCUGCUUACAUUAUUGGGACACUUGCAGAAAAUGACAUUGGAUGCUAUCGUGUCCUCAGCCUCACAAACUCCAGUCACGCAGAGGGGAAGAAAAUCCUUCCUGAUCUGACAAGAAUGCUCACCUUUGAUGACUCGGAGAGUGUGAUGAACGCUGCGGGGACGAUGGGAACUCUGGCGGAGAGUCAGGAAGGAAGGGCGUGGAUGUUACAGCAGCCAUGUUUAGAGAUGACCAUAGAUCACAUAACAGCUCUCCUGACCAAUGAAAACAUGUGGACUGCUAGUAAUGCUGCUUUAGUGUUGGCAAGGUUGACCAUUUCUGAAGAUGGAUGCAUGAAAAUCCUGGAGCAUGAAAAUGGCAAAGACAUAGCUGGGAAACUGAUUAACUCAUUAGGAGUAGAUGAAGCAGGAAGAGGCAUGAAUGCUGCCUUUGCCAUUGGAAGGCUGUGUGAUAUGGAUACUGGAAGAACAGCUCUCCUAGCAUUACCAGAGUCAGAGAAAAUGAUUACUGCCCUGGCAAAGAUGUUAUCUUGCAAUGAUCCUGGUGCCAGCAAGAAUGCAUGUUUUGCCUUAAGUUGCCUAGCAACCAGCAAUGCUGGUCAUUCCCGUAUUCUCCACAAUGUGUAUUCUGAUGAUAUACUCCAUACUCUCAGCAACUUACUUGCGGCAGAGGAUGGGGAAACUGGGUGGUUUGCAGCAAUGACGUUGAGGACUCUAGCCAGCCAGCCAAAGGGCUGUUUGAGGUUACGUGAACAUGCUGACAUUCUCCCUGGACUAAAGUGGACAGAGGCCAAGACUGACGUUAAUGAGGACCUGAAAGAAGAAGUCCUUUGCACAUUAGAGAUUCUGAAAAGGCUGACCAAGCCUCCCCCACCAGAUAUAGAGGUCAAAGGACCCGAUGAAGUAGAGGCCACGUGGACAGAGAUGACCACAAAAAGUGGCCUUGAGGUCCGCUAUCAGUUAUUUGAGGGCAAUAAAUGCGUGUAUAAUGGCACAGAACUCAGGUGCACUGUAAACGAUCUCUUGGCUGCCACGCCAUACACCUUUAAGUUACGAGCCUACACUGAAGGAGACGACAGUCCAUGGAGUGAGCCUGUGCGAGUUAUCACGGACGAGUCAGUGCCAACCCCACCUCAGAACUUCCGUAUUUUGGGUUCCACCACAACCCAGAUUAAAGUUGGUUGGGAGCCUCCUGAAAGUGCUAACGGACACCUUAAAGGGUACCACGUGUACCUUGGAAAGAAGGAAGUUGACUUUGUACAUGAAUUAAGUUGUAUUAUCUCAGGACUUGCACCACAUACUUCAUAUGAUAUUUCUGUUUGUGCUGUCACAGUGAAGGGGAAAGGUGCUAAAGCCACUUUACUGGGAUCCACAUCAGAAUUAGGUGCUCACGCCCCACCAAAGCCAACAGUCCAUGUUCUGGGUCGUAAUGAGAUUCACGUGACAUGGGAGGCACCAGAGCAGCCACUGGGGAAGAUAACCAUGUAUGAGCUGAAGAUUGAUGGAAAGUCUGUCUACUCUGGGAUGGAUAUGAGUUACUCCGCCAGGCGCUUGGUGCCUGAUAAAGAAUAUGUCUUUACGGUUAGUGCAAUAACUUUUGAAGGGAAGUGUGAAAGUAAACCAGCCAAGGCAAGAACUUCAAAGGAUAAUUAUGAUAGCAACAGACCGCCACUCUACUCAGUAAAGAAAAGCGGAGGAGAGGAACAGUCAGAGUCGGGGUCUAAACAGGCUGGUGCCACGAAGAAAAGACGAAGCUCAAAAUCAGAUGCGAUGUCAGUGGCAAGCUCAACAGAGGGGUCAAAGAGUACAAAGACAAGGUCAACCAGUGCAAAUAGUGCCAAACAAAACAUAUUCAAUAAAUGGCUCUUCAAGAAAUUUACAUGCUGGGGUCAUACCCAUAAUGCACCAAGUCAGAAUAAAUUGCCAGUAAUAAUAGAUCCAGAUAAGUCUCCGACUUUACUAAAGUACUAUCACAAGUCCCCCAAAGCAAGGCUUGACGUAAAAGAAAAAUCACAAGGCAGCAGUAGACCUAGCUCAGCUGCAAGCAGCAGCAGUUCACUGCACAAGAAAGUUGUCAGCAAACAAAUUGAACAGGGUGUUGAAAAGGCAGAGAGAGAUUCCAGUGAUCAUUCCUCAAAGUCCAGUGGUAGCAGCAGUAAAAAGGAACUGGAACCUAUUGUAUUUGCUCAAGAUUCACAGGGUCAUGGAAACAAACAUUCCAAACCUAAAAUAAAACUACAGGGAACAGGAGAUGGACCUGAGAGCACAGCCGUUGUGGGUCGUCCAAACAGUGCCAAAAAAGAAAAGGCCAAAGAAAAAACAAACAUCAUAAAAAUUAAUUUAGAAAGUAUGGACUCAAAUUUGACAACUUUAAAACCUGUUGAGAAGUCUCCCAGGUCACUAACACGCUCAAACUCGGAUGUCAGGGAGAAUAAACCCAACGUCUUGCAGCAGGAGAUGUUGCCUAACUCUGCAGACAAAGCUUCAAGAAUUCAACACGAGUUGUCGCCUAACUCUGUGGACAGACCCCUCAAUAGACUUUCUCCCCCAGGGAGGAAACUGGCCAGUCUGACUGAUAUGGGCAUGUCUGGGGUUAACAAACCCUUCAAGAGAAUGCCAAGUCAAGAUAAGGAGGAGGAAGAAGAAGAGGAGGAUGCUGGGGUUGGACCCAUGCCAGACCCCUCAUGGGUGGAAAUUACCAAAAAGUAAGUUUUAGUUUGAUUCCAGACUACCCAUUCAGGGUCCAAACCAAAUAUCCUAUAUGUGAAAUAUCUUUUAAAUCCUUUUUUGUGAUUUUAACAACAUUAAUGACUAUUUCUUAUUUCACUUAAUGAAAAAUAAUUAUUAAGAUUUCCAAUACUUUUAAUGUCUUGAAGCUUAUUUUCCACCGGAUGUCAACUAAAAUGUAUUGAGCAUGAUAUUUCUAUUCUAAAAACCAUAUUUACUCAUGCCUUAGGCACACAGCAACUUUUGCGCAUGUUCUUAUGUUAAGCUUCGUUGCGUAU